UGGUCGUCCAUCAGAAGUCAGCGAGUACGGGGUGACUUAUGAUCUUGUUAUGCGGCUGGCCGAACCAUACCUUUUGAAAGGUUACAAGAUUUAUAUGGACAAUUACUUCAGCAGUCCAGCACUAUUUUAUAACCUGUGGCUUAAUGGUACCCUUGCUUGUGGAACGUUACGCAGCAAUCGGAGAGGAGUUCCAGACAAGAUGAAAAAUGCUCAUCCAUGCAAAGGCCAGAUGAUGGCAUUCAACAAUGGAACUUUAGUGGCAGUGAAGUUUUCCGAUAAAAAAGAAGUCUGUCUCCUAACAACAAUCCAUGAAGGAAAAAUGGUCAACACUGCAAAGAGAGAUUCAGAGGGGAACUUGAUUGCCAAGCCAGACUGUGUGUUAGAUUACAACCACAACAUGGGUGCAGUAGACAGAUGUGACCAGAUGGUGGCAUAUGCUGGAUUUGACAGAAGGACACUAAAAUGGUGGAAAAAGGUCUUCUUCCACAUGCUUGGUCUUGCAGUGCUCAACUCGUACAUCUUGUACAAACAACAGACAGCCAACCCAGUAUUGCACAGGAUUUUCAGACGACAGCUUGUGAGUCAACUGGUCUCUGCUGCUGAGAUCUCUGGCCCACAGCAAAAGGGGAGGAGGAGGCAAUCUGCUGAAGUGCUUCAGAGGUUGACAGCGCGGCAUUUCAUUGGCUACUCUCCAUCAACAGGAAGGAAAGCCCAUGCCAGCAGGAAAUGUAUUGUCUGCGGUCCAGCAGAGACCGAUUUGUUCAGGUCCCAGCAUCCUGGUGAGACAGUGCCGAAAUCUUGUGGGAGGAUGACAUGUUUUCAGUGCAAGCAGUGUCAGGUAGCUCUGUGUGUUGAACCCUGCUUUGAGCUAUUCCAUACAACUGCAGAAUUUGUGCUUGCCUACAAGCGUCAGAGGAGACAGGAGGAGGAGUAAUAGCUCUUGUAGCUGAAAACGCUGUGAAAUGCAACUUCCUGGAUAGGACAUUGGUCAUUUCUUUUCAGUAACAAAAUUUAAGAUUAUCUCCCUUGAGUAAAAUAAUUUCAAAUUAUCUCCCUUGAGUGAUAACAUUUCAG